AUGAACUCACUCUGGUCCUCGCGCGGGGCCGCCAACGACGGCGCCGGCCCCGCGAAGCAGCCCCCUCCGCCUCCGAAUCCGACUGGCGAUGUUGCAGAUGCUGUUGUUGCAGAUGUUGGCCCAAUCGCCGAGUCGGCGAAUCCACCUCCUCCACCGCCCUCCAGGCCAAUGUUGCAGAGAAACUCGUCUGCGCCUACGCCUGCCCCCGUGCCCGCCCCGGUUCCUCCUGCGCCGAUGCCUCCUGCGCCCACCGAUCAACCCCAGCCCACCGACUCGCUCUCUCUGCUGCAGCUGAGACGCAUAGUAGCCGAGUUCAGCCGGGGCGAACCUGUCGCCUAUGACUUCGUCUACAGCGACAUGGGAUCCCACGACGAGGAGAUUGACGAGUGGUUCGUCUAUCAAUUUUGGCAAUGGGUGCGUCUUAACGCCGCGCAACGUGCGUUCGAAUGGCAGUGGCAGCACGAGUACGAUAUCCAGACAAGUUGGGAGGAGACGGACUACGAAACGAGGGCAAAGUUUACCCGGGACGCCCUCGGGGGUCUCCAGGUCAGAGAACCCGCCCAACGAUCAGCAUCAAUUGGAAAGCUUCUAUAUUUGGUGCUGGGAAGAUGGGGCGAUACUUCAACGCCUGCUACAAUAGGCGAUGGGAGGUCUGCUGCGAGCUCCCCCCAACUCGAGGCCAUUAGAUCGAGCAUAACUUUCCUCACAUCUCUAAACGGCAUUGCUACCGUUUGGGAGGCAGUUCAAAACUGCUUUGACGUCUUUUGGUCCGAUGACCCACGAUUGGUUCAGCCUGGGGGUGCCCAAGAAGCUCAGGACGAGCUCAUCAACCUGAUGACCAUCAUGUAUGUCAUUGUUCAGGAAGCUCUGAGCUUUCCUAAGGAGCUGGAAUCCACCAGGACCAACCUUCUCUCCCUGAAGCCAGGACUAGUCGAUUUCAUGUCUAUAGCAACAUCCAAGCUUCGUUGGGACGACCAAAAUAUGAUGCCCUCCAGUCAGAUUUUCUUGCUCUACUGGAAGUCCAUUCUCUUGGUCUUGGGUGGCACCCGGGAGAUCGAUGAGGCCAAAAAGGCGACGACCGAAUCCCCCAACGCAAAGUCCAAGGACAUUAUCACCGCAUCGCCCCUCGACUACCAUGUGUUUCGACAGGAGCUGACGUCCAAGUAUCCCGCCUACGUCCCACCACGGACGCUCAUUCCCCUGGAACCGGAGAACACAACCUUACUCCCGCCUCUGCCAAAUCAGCCCACGAGGACAAGCGCAUCCACUGGGAUUGUACCCGGAUCUACAAAUACCCAAAGCAGCGGCGCCUCCAUUCUGCAUCAACCCGUACACAUCGCGACACCCGCACCCUCGCCGCCGCCAUCACCUGGUGUCGGAGGUAAAGGCGGUAAGAAGCAAAAUUAUCAGACGAACCAGAACUUCCCGUUCAUGUACCCGCCUCUGGAUGCCACAAGCAAUAGUGCUGGUGGCAAAGGUGGCGCUGGUCUGCAAGAACAACUCGUCGGGCGUAAAUGGGAGGGCAGCGAUAUUCCCGCCUCGAUUCUAGAAGCCGGCGAGCUGUUCUCCAAGCGAGUUCGCAUGACGCGUGCCACACGACAGCUCUGGGAAGAGCGCGAGAGCUUCCUCAAGUUUGAAAGGGGGUGGGAAGCAGAUGACAAUGACAGUGACGUUGAGGAUCUCGACCUCGAGGGCUUGACUCUCGAAGAGAAGCAAGAGAUCGCUGCGAUGAAGGCAGAGACGAAGGCGGAGGAGCGCAGAGAGGCGGGCUUCACGAUCCAAGAACCCGAAAUCGACUGUGGACCAUCAGGACAGGUCAGCGAUGAAGUCAGACGACGUCUGCUUGCCGUCGACAGCUUCUAUAAAGAAUCCCUUCCCCAUCUGCAGUCGCUGGUGAUUGUACUCCUUAGGCCGAUCCUUAUGAAUGUUACGGCCGUUUUAUCACAGCCUGCCGCAGGGCAACAACACCCGAGUAUGGCCGGCAGAGGCGCUAAUGGCAUGGUCAACGGCGGUCCGGGGCCUAACCGGCCACAGCAGCCCCAAGAUCCUUCUUCUGCUGCUGCUUCAGGUGGCCCCCCUGAACUUCCUGAGAUGUCUCCUGAGGAGGUAGACGCUUCUCGAUCUCGGGAGAUUACAACAAAGGCCAUCACCGGAAUCCUGCUCCUGUUGCUGAAAUGGCUGAGAGUUUCUCACGUUCUCAAAUUCGAGUACAUGACGCAACUUCUGCUGGAUUCGAACUACCUCCCGCUGGUCCUGAAACUGUUCGCGCACCAAGACAUACAGCAAGUCGUCGAUAGUAAGACCGACCGGCUGGAGAAUAGUUUUUUCCACUUUUGCAACCUGCGCUCGAAGUAUAAGGACAAGCCGGCUGCUCAGCCUGAGCCGGAGGAGGAAAGCGAGGACGAGGCGGCCCCGCCGCCUAUUAAGAGAAGACGGUCGCCCCCUCGACCGCCUGCGCCUGCACCUCAUCAAGGCGACGAGGGUUCCCAAUCCGAUGGCCAGGCUGCCGUGCGACCCGAAGUGGAUGAGCUCGGGUACCCCGUAAAUGAUCUCCCAGCGGAACCCAUCACCGACUUUUCUAGAAGAAACUUCUUCUCUCUCAUCAACUAUUUGCGAAUCAUGCAAAAGAUUUGCAAGCACAAAGCUCACAGGAACCUUCUUUUGGUACAGUACAAGUCGGCCAACAUCCUGCGCAAAUCAUUAAAGGUUCCCCAACCCGAGCUGCGACUUUACACCUUGAAGCUAUUCAAAAACCAAGUGCCAUACUGCGGCCGUAAGUGGCGGCAGAGCAACAUGCGAGUCAUCACCGCAGUCUACCUGCACUGUCGACCAGAGCUACGGGACGAGUGGCUUGCCGGCAGCGACGUCGAUGCCGAGGUUGAUUCGGCGCUUCCUUUGGAGCAGGCGCUGCGUAGUCUUACGCAUUGGUUCAAUGUGCGCAGAUACCCGGACAAGAUCGCGAUCGAGCUUCGUGCUGCGCUUCGCGAGGAACAGGACUUUUUCACGAGGGAGCUGGAGAAGCUAGACAUGAACUGGGCGGACGUCGGUAGUGACGAGGGCGUAAACAAGUACUGA